CCACCGCCGUCGCCGUCGCCGCCUCCUGUGGCCUGUGCUAGCCGGCGGCGGUUCACGGUAGUGUCCUCGAACACGGCAUGCACGUAUCGUGCUGCGAAAGUUUUACGAGUCUCGCGGUGCGCCAAACGAGAAACGUGUUCGUGUGCCGACGUCGACGUCGGCGUCGCCGUCGAGACGUGUGAGAAACCGGGACAACGACGGCGCGUUCCUCCCCGAAAGAAUCCGCUCCCUCCUAGGCUCGACUUACGCACCGCAGCGCGUGUGUGUGGGAAACAGAUCGUACAAAUCAACCGCCUUCUAACAAGCCACAUUAACCUCAAGUGAUUUCUAUUUUCUUACGAAACGCGAAAGAAAUAUGUAAUUAGUAUGUUUAUAUCGAUUUAAAGAAGGAACACACAAAAAAAGAAGAUAUCCCAAGAGCUUAGGUUCAGAAGAAGACAAAAGAGAUUAAGAGCUAUAUUAGCUAAUAAGUGUACAAAGUAUAUCUAACUAAAGGAGGAAAACAAGAAACAGAUAAAAACAAACAAAUAAAUAAACAAGUCCGCCAGUGCCAAAUUGAGAAAGAAAGCAAAGUGAAAGUGAUCGUUGUAACAGAGAGAGAGCGAGAGAGAGAAAGAGAGCGAGAGUAGAGUAGAAUAAAAUAAGAUUUAUUUUAUCUUGGAAUAUAAAAGAAAUAACCUUUUAGGCAAACACAUGCAGUGUUAUCUACAAAUUUCAUAAGAAUAAACACACAAUCGAGUGCAAACGUACAGCAUUUUAAUUAUAACAGAAGGAAGAAAGAGAGAGCGGCGACAGAGUGAUACAGUGCGAGAGCAGGACCGUAAACCAAAGAAUCUACCAUUUUUUCUAUUAAUCAUUCAUCGAAUAACGAUAAUCUCUCGUCAAGUGAAAUAAUAGUGAGACACACACCGAUUUCUUCGUCAGAGCCAGAUUAAUUAAGCGAGCCGGCAUACAAUUUUGUAGAGGUUUAUAGAAAUAGCCGUAAAAUAUAAGUGAAUUUUUUAAACUGGACGCGUCACGUGACAGAUUUUCGCCAAGCGAAAAGAAGAAGAAGCAGACAAAGGGAGGAAUCAAUCGGAUUCGCUUGAACACUCCCAGAGUAACCGAUCUACUUCAGUUCGUAGCCUAAACCUGUUGAGUACAAAACGACACAGAGUUAAAGAUAUAGAUAGACAGAAGCGAAGAGAAAGGAAGAAGAAGAAGAACGAGAGGACGAGCGUAAUAUCGAAGAAUAGACACAAUUACCUGGAAGACUACGUACGACCGGGCCCAGUUCCAGACAAGUGUAACUACUCCGGAAUCUACUUCGAGAUCAAGAUUUGCGCGAAUAUCGCGGAUGCCAAUCCAGAGACGACACUCCAUCGUCAUCGGGGAAAUCGGAUCUCCAGGAUCCGAUUCGACAAAUUAACAGAAAUCGGAGUCCGAUCUGUUGAUCGAGAAAGGCGCCAAUGUCGCGUAUAAAAAUUUCGUUGAUUAUCCGCUCGAAGAAGACCAGAUAAUCUCGAGCUUUCGGAUCCAAAAAGGACGAGCGUCCAAAGGCCGCUCGCGCGAUCCUCGGGAAGAGUUCCGGCAAGAGGAUCCACCACCAAGUGGGGACGUGAAGCUCGCAAGCGAGGUGGAGGAGUUAAGGUCGCGAUGACGUGGCGGGGAAGAUGAGCGCCGAGGUGACGAAGGAGGUCGUCGCCACCGAGAGGGUCCCGACGAGCCCUCCGGCGGCGAUCGCGACCUCACCGGGCGGCACCGGCGACCUGUCGGCGCGGCAUCUGCCGCCCUUCAGCAGCUUCGCCGGCGAGAACACGAUGGACGCCUCGACGACGUUGACGACCCUCCACCCCCAGGACGGGAUAGGCCUGAUGGCCUGGGACUCGUACUACGAGGGCCUGACCGGCCGGCUAAUCGACGUGGUCCCGGCGAGCCAGUACAGACCCUGGGAGUCCAAAGGUGGCGGCGUGGAGGGACUGCCCAGCUUCGCAAGUCAGUUCACCGCCCCAAGCGAAUCCGAACCUCAGUUGACGGCGUUGACGCCUUUAUCACCGGCGUCCAUUUCGCACUCGCCGCCGGUUACAUCGGCCGUGGGCCUGCCGAGCUUCCACACGCUUGGAACCCCGCUGCCGGCGCCGCAUCCGCAUCGCGGAGCGGUCGGUUAUCCACUGGUACCGGCGCCAGUACAGGCUCGAGAGGUCCCGUCCCUACAGCAGCAGAUGCUCGACGAACGUCACAUACAGCUCUUGGGCUCCAGCCCGGUCCAAGCGUUCCCGCCACCUCCACCGGGUCAUCCGCAUCAUACAGUGCUGACGGUAGUAAAGCCUGAAUAUCCGCAAUUGCACCACGCAAAUUUCCAAAACCCGAUGUCGACCGUACUGGACUCCUCGCCGACUUCACGGCCGAUCGGCAUCGACGGCCGUAAAAAAGAGCGCAGAAAAAUCCGCGCUGGUUCAAUGGAGUCGGAAGAUGGCGGGGGCGGUGGUGGUGGCAGUGCUGGUACCGGCAACGUAGAAAGUUCCGGUCAAGUCGCCGCCGUCUCAUCUACCGCGAAUCGCGGCGUGCACCAUCUCGGCGGGGGUAUGACCGACGGGGAUGGUGACGGUGGCCUUGGCGACAAACCGGCGAAGAAAAAGCGGAAGAGAUGCGGCGAGUGCAUAGGCUGCCAGCGCAAGGACAAUUGCGGGGAUUGCGCGCCGUGCAGAAACGACAAGAGCCAUCAAAUCUGCAAGAUGAGGAGAUGCGAGAAGCUGACGGAGAAGAAGCACCUGUACCACCUGCAGACCGGCGAAGGGGCGUUCCGAGAACGCGGGAGGGGACGAGGCAAAGGCGCCACGAGGAGUUACCGGAAGAUCGCACGGCAGGUCAGCACACCUGAUAGCGCACCAGCUGGUCUCGGCAGUCCGCAGGGUGGUAUCGGCGGUUUGCAGCAACAGCACCAGCAACAAACGCAACAAUCUUUACACCAAACAGAUCCCAUGCAGCAGACCAAGGACAAUCUCAAUCCCGCGGCAAACCAACAAACGGGCGCUCUCAGAAACGGCAAUCCGCCACCACCUGUCGUCUCUAUGUCACCCGGAGUGAUGCCGUUUUAUGGUGAUUCCGGCGCUGGUUUCCGUCCCGCAGCUGGGUUUGGAAAUACGGUUUGGCAUCAGGGAGUCGGGCCAGUUGGCGCUGUUGCAGUCGAAACGUCACCGGCACCGUGGCCACCUCAGCAAUUCAUUCAGCAGAUUUCCGCACCGAAUCAACUCGAGGAGUUGAGAUAUCACACUCAGUACGCCGCCGCGACACCCUAUCAUCCUCAACCAGUUCCGUAUCAGCAACAAACGUUCAUAACAGCGGAUCAGUCUGCGUUUCAACGAGCCGGAACGACGGGACAGUACACCAUCACCGGGCAACCUUCGCCGCUGACCCCGGUCGGAGGACAGGCGGUGGUUUCGACGCCUCAGAGGCAGUUGAAUGGACAAUUUGUAGAUCCCUCGGCUACCGCUAAUCAAUCAGUCGCCUAUGAGCGACAAGACUAUGUAAAUGGCUAUCAACAACAAGACGUGACGAUGGCGCCACCUCCGUCGACAACUCCGACGAGUCGCAGUAGCUCGGUACACAUGGACAGUCAGCAACAAGGAGGUUCGCAGCAGCCACCGCAGCAGCAGCAGCAACAGCAACAACAGCAAACCGCCGCGGAUACGCAAGUAAAGGGAUUUGCGACGAUCUCCGCCACCAACGUGUCGGGAAACGAGAUGCCUGGGUAUCCACUUCAACCGGACCCACAGAGUUUACACAACUCUAACGGGUAUCCAGGCUACGUGGAAAUGGGUCAGCAACCAGCGCAGAAUCAAUGGCAAAUGGUUGCUCAGCAACAACAGCAACACCAUCAACAAACGCAAAUGCAACAGCAACAAUCGGUGGUCGACAAUAAUCAACGACAUGUAUGGUCAGACACAAGCGGAAAGAUGAACAGCAGUGUCAACAACAACAUGAAUUGGCAGGAGGGAGCGAUGCAGCAGCCUCCACAGAAGCCUCCAUCGCAGCAACAACAACAAAAUAUGCAAGGCAAUAUGAAGUCACAGGUGGAGCAGCAACAAACUUCUCAAAUGCAACCACAGGAACUGCCAAGACCAGCGAGUCAUAUGAGCUGGGAGACCGGAAGCGUGAAGGAACCCCAAACGCCACAGUCGUGGUCCGACAACGCCGACAACCAGCAACAACAAACUCAGGGAAACUGGUCGCAACAGAGUCCGAAGCUAAGGGAUCCGCAAAAUUCACGGUUGACGCCAUCCAGUCAACAAUCGUCUCAACAUCAGACUUGGUUGCAGCACUCUCCGAAACUGUCAGACCACCAGCACGGCAAUGCUCAACAAAAUACGAGAAUGACGCCUUCUGGCCAGCGUAACUGGCAGCAAAGUAGUCCGGAAAUGCAAGGAUCUCAGCAGAAUCCGAGAUUAACGCCUUCCGGACAGCAGAUGCAACAGCAACAGCAACAGCAGCAGCAGCAACAACAACAACAACAGUGGCCCCAGCAGACCAAGGUGGAGCAGAACCCCAGACUCACACCGUCCAAUCAAAUAUCGUGGCCCGACACGCCGACUAGUCAACCGAAUUGGUCACCAAAUAGCAUAAAAAGUGAUAAUAGUCAACAGCCGCAACAACAAUGGCAGGACUCGCAGCACAGUCCUAGACGGACCCCGAGUCAUCAGUGGCAAAGUCAACAGCCACAAGAAAAUAAAUUGGACAGUCGAAUGACUUGGUCGCCUGUAAAUUCUGCAUCGGAAAAUCAACCGACCUGGGGACAACAGGCGACAAAGCAAGACAUGCAAAACUCAGGAGAGAGAAUUGCGUGGCAACAACAAACAACAAUGGAUAAUAGUAGACCGAACGGAUUUCCGGAGAAUCAAGAUAAUUCAGAAAGCAAUGUCUAUGCUCAAUCUAAUCGAGUGAAUCUCAAUAGUCGACUAAAAUCGAUGAUUUUGAACAAACAACAACAACAACAACAACAACAACAACAACAACAGCAACAACAACAACAGCAGCAGCAAAUGCAGCAGCAACAGCAGCAUCAGCAGCAACAACAACAACAGCAACAGAUGCAGCAGCAACAGCAACAGCAGCAUCAACAGCAAACCCACCAACAUCAUCAGAUGCAAUCGCAACACCUUAAUUCUAACAAUGGAUCCGCUUCAGAGUAUGCAUCGGAUGAUCAAAUACGUGAUACGCAUGAAAGCACCGAAAAGAUGCAAGAAAAACGCACGGAUCAUUUUAUAAACCAGUCAAAUAUUAUUUCGAUGACGCAAUCUAAUGAAAACUUGACCGGUAAUUUUUUAUCGCAUAGCCACCACCCUCGGGUAGAUAAUUUGCCCGAUGGUGGUGGCUUGUGGGAAUGGACGGAAGGAGAACACACUCACAAUAAUGACGACAUUGAUAAUAAAAAUGACGAUAAUUCCGCAUUGCCGGAAAAUGGAAUGACAAGUUUCGAAAAUUUUAUGAAGCUCGCUGCAGAAAAUAAGAGUCAAUCAUGCAACAAAGACAAAGAGCAACAUUCCUGGGAGGCAGAAGAAAGAAGCAAUGAAGAUCAAGAGAUCGACGACAAGUCUUUCCAACAAAGAUUAUGCAUGAAUCAAAUUGAGAACACAUCUUUCGAGGGAUCCCAGAAGAUAUCCGAAAGUGAAUCCGGAAUGAAAAACGAUAAUCUAAAUUUUCUAAAGUCGACAGAUGCUGCCGAUCAUGUAUCAUCCCAAGGUAAAUGUGAUUCUGAUCGUGUGAUUAAACAGGAGAACGCCGAAGAUCAUAUUUAUUCCUACGUAUCUCAUGAUACGUCCAACAUCGUCGAGAAUGAAGAGAAUGAACAGAAUCGAGAGAUUGCUGGAGAUUAUAAGUUUCGCGGCGACGGUGGACCCGCAAAGGUAUCACCGGGAACCGGUUCGUGGUGCUGUCGAAGAGGUGGGACUGAACAACCGACUCCCGAACAUCUAAGAGACGGCUGUUGUCAGGGUCUUCAAACCAAGGAUGAAAUAUUGGACGAUUCUUCGGAGAAAGCUGAGUUAAAGAACGAGGGACCGCACAGUCCGCAUACUCCAACUACGACGACUGUGACGACAAAAUUGCAAGACCACUUGGACAAACUGAAGAACAAUGUCAGGACCGAAGUGCCGGACUGCAACUGCUUCCCCGCCGAUAAAUGUCCGCCAGAGCCCGGUUCGUACUACACUCACCUCGGGGCAGCUGCAAGCCUGCCUGAUCUUCGGAACGAUCUCGAACGAAGAACCGGCCUUAAGGGCGACGCGAUAAGAUUUGAAAAGGUCGUCUAUACCGGAAAGGAGGGCAAAACCACGCAAGGAUGUCCAAUGGCUAAGUGGAUCAUCCGACGAUCCGGCAUUGAUGAGAAGAUCUUAACCGUGGUGAAACAUCGCCAAGGUCACAAGUGUCCCACCGCUUGGAUCGUUGUAGCUAUGGUUGCCUGGGAAGGGGUGCCGACUCACGAAGCAGAUCGUAUCUAUACUCUCUUAAGUCACAAACUCAAUCGAUUUGGUCUUCCAACCACUAGACGAUGCGGUACCAACGAACCGCGAACUUGUGCAUGCCAAGGACUCGAUCCUGACACAUGCGGCGCCAGCUUCUCCUUCGGCUGCUCGUGGUCGAUGUACUAUAACGGCUGCAAAUAUGCCAGAAGUAAAACCGUCCGAAAGUUUCGACUGUCCGUACGAUCGGAGGAACAAGAAGUCGAAGAGAGAAUGCAUGUUCUAGCGACGCUUUUAUCACCUUUGUACCUUAGUCUUGCACCAGAGGCUUUUAAUAAUCAAACACAAUUCGAGCGGGAAGCGAGCGAGUGUCGUUUAGGAUUUAAACCAGGUCGGCCCUUUUCCGGUGUUACGGCUUGCAUUGAUUUCUGCGCACACGCCCAUCGGGAUCUACACAACAUGAAUAACGGAUGCACCGUGGUAGUUACCCUGACAAAACAUCGAACAUUAUCGAAACCCGAAGACGAACAGUUACACGUGCUACCUCUUUACAUAAUGGACGACACAGACGAAUUCGGUUCAAAGGAAGGUCAGGAGAAGAAGAUUCAUUCCGGUGCUCUUGAAUUUUUAUCCAAAUAUCCGUGCGAGGUUCGAGUUAGAUCGGUACCUCUUCAACCAUGCAGACGUCACGGUAAGAAAAGGAAAGAAGACGAGCCAGAUGUUCAGUCUGGCAAGAAGGAUACAGUCAAAAUUAUGGCGGAAAAAAUGGUUGAUUCUGGACGUUCGCCGGGACACGCAGAUCCUUCUAAGCUACAAUCACAAUUAACACUGGAGAUGACGCCCAUGUUCGAAGGAAUUGACGCGCAGUUGCAGAGCUCUCAGGUAUCAUCCACGGUCUUAGAUAGCCCGGUAUCAAUGUAUCCAGGAUGGGGAGCAUAUCAAGGUGAGCAACAAUGGAACCGAAAUGGCUGGCUUGAACAGCGUAAAAGUAACUGGCUGAAUCCAUGGGGAGAAUAUACUUCGUUUGGUGGUUUAGAGAGGGACAUCAAAGUGGACCCAGACAGUACCAGUUUGGAUGAUAUUAGACCCAGGAGUACCGUUUCUCAAGAAGAGCAUAGACCAGGGUCAAGGAAUUUACCUAAUUCUACAGUGGAUUCAGCCAGAGGAUGUUACGGGAGUUCACCCAGAAAUCAUCCCGUUUCACCUCGUUCGCACGUAGGCAUUUCGGGAGAAGGGUCUUAUAAUGCAUCACCCAGAGGCUGUACCAUGACGCCUCAGGAUCCAAAAAUGAUUCCGUUGAAAGGACCGGAACAUUCAAACAUGGAAAAUAAUUAUGAUCAUCAAAUGACUUCUGGAAUGUACGCGGCUUCUGUCAACGGGCAAAUCGACUGUUCUUCCUCAAAGAUCGGCUCCCUCAAUCCAUCGCUCAGCAUGGAGACCACGCAUCGAAAUAUUCCACCCAAGAUGAAUCAGUCGCCAAUUCAUGUACGCAACAUGGGACAAGAUUGCGUUGCCAAUCAAUUAAAGCUGUCGUCUUCUAAAUAUACGGGAGAUUUUAUUCCACAGAGAUAUUCGAAUACCAUGACACAAAAUUACACAGAUGCUGAAAACCCUGCGAAAUCGCCAUUGCUGAGGCCACAAGUUGAACAAACGUUUGCAAAUAGAAUGCAGCAUCUCUCUUCAUCCAAACCGAUACAAGCGUCCGUAAAUUCUAACUAUCAUAAUCAAUAUUGCGAUGGUAACACGUCAAAUUUAUUCUCUUACGUGGACAAUAGUAAUCAUAAAUCUAUGGAGACUCCGAACUCGGAUGUUUUGGGACAUAAUUCGUUGCAUUUGCCAGAACAACGAAAUGACGCGCAAUGUUCGUCGAAUGAUCAGCGAAAAUUCAUUUAUCAUGCGCAAAGACAAUCGGAAUUGAAGUCCUUCGUAGGCAAUCAUCCUUCAUCCCCGUCUCCCGAUCACGUUUCUUGCCCGCAGAAUUGGAAUACGGCAAAUUCGUGGUGUCCUAAUCAAGUUAAAAGUCCACAGCAAUUCGAUCAGAUGGGCGACAAGAAAAUCUGGGUCGGUAAAUUAGCAAGACCGGACCAAACCAAAGCUGCUGCCUGGGAAACGUGUCCUGAACCGUCGCCGUUCCGAGUGCCAAGAGGAAGACCACCCUCGCGAACGAUAUCCAAUCAGAACCCAUCUACGGAGCCCAGUGCAUAUCCAAAUCCUUUAGCCAGAACAUUUUUAAAACCUCCAGACUCUAAGCCUAUUUUCGCGGAUGCUCCUAAUAACAACACGGUCCAAAACGGUUGUAUAUCCAAUCAAUUGAAAGACAGUUGCACGGAGGAUAAAUUACGAGAAGGAUUUUAUGAUAACAAGCAAGAAGUGUCCAAUUCCAAUCCAAAUGGUCUCGCAUGGACCGAAGAAAUAAAACAGGAUUUUCACACUAUGUCCGGUUUGAGUCACCAUGCCUUUCCUCAAUACGGAUACCCGACCUAUCCGGUAUUCGAGAAACCUUAUGCAAACUCAUGGGAAGGUUACAACUAUAACCAUCAUCAACAAUCAUAUCAAGCUCCGGAGCAAUUCUACCAGCAACCGAAGCGCGAAGGUUGCUUUCACUCGUCUCAAUAUCCGUAUCAGGGCUUGAAUCCAGCGUAUCAAGGCUUGAAUUCCGGCUGGACGAGGUGGGACACGCCACGGUGGGAUAUUUACGGACCACCACCUUAUUUCCCGGUCCUACCAGAGCCUCCUCCGAAAGCGGAGCCUCUCGGCGAAAUAACGGAUUACUCCGAGAACGAGGAAUGCUUCAAGGAUCCGCAGAUGGGCGGUGUCGCAAUCGCCCUGAGCCACGGUAGCGUACUCUUCGAGUGCGCGAAGCACGAGAUGCAUGCCACCACCGCACUGAAAAAACCCAAUCGGCUCAAUCCGACCAGGAUUAGCUUGGUAUUCUAUCAACAUCGCAAUUUAAACAGACCGAAGCAUGGUUGGGACGAAUGGGAGGAAAAGAUGCGACUGCGAAAAUUGGGUAUCACAACAUCAACCAGCGGUACGUCCGUGUCGACGACCAGUCCAUCGACUCCAACCACCGCGACAAGCCCCGGCAGUACGAUGAACGAGAAAACAACGCCACUUCCAUCACUUUCGCACAUUCCAAAUGUUCCCAGUUCACAGUUCAUGAUGAGAUCCCCUACUUACACCACGAUGACUUGGACAACGCUCUUCCCGAUGCAUCCAUGUAUGAUAACUGGACCGUAUCAAGAAGGUGGUGCGAUUGGAUGAGUCGAAGUCGGACGGUACAGCUUUGAUCGUCGAUGACCGAAGCUUGUACCGACAUAUGCCAUCGCCAAAAAUCGAAUCGAUUAGAGGAUUCAAGAGACAAGAUUCUGAAGAAGAAUUGCGAUCGAGGACGAAACGACAAGGCGGCGACUUUACCAUGAGAGGCUUUAUAUUGUUAUUAUCGUUAUAGUUAGUUAUUCCGAAAACGAGAAACACACACUUUGCACUGCCAUUUUUCUAUUUCGAGUUUUACGCAAGAUUUAAACAUAGCGACAAAAACGUGCUUGUAGAAAGCCUCGCCGGGUGUGACUGCAUCACCCUUUGUCGGGGCUCGCGUUUUAUACUGACUUUUUACUGAGUUGAACUCGAAAGAGACUCUCGUAAUCGAGCCAGAGGCUGCAAAAUCAAGACAAUGGUAAAUGAUCGAGGCUAUUGAUGUAUCAGGAAAGCUCCGAUGAAAGCUGCGCCUUGCGAAGACUUUGAUACGAAGAUUUUCGUAUUCUGACCCUGUACACUUUAAGUAAUAUCGCUAUGUAUAACGGUUUCGUGUUGGUAGAAUUGUAAUCUUACUAGCUAGUCGAAGUCUAGAUGAUGAAUCACGCGAUAUCAUACAUACACAUAAAAGCACACAUUGAACGUAUACGCACUUUAAGACACCCAAGGAAACUUGCAUGACAUGAUCUCCGAAUUAUCGCAUCUUUCUGAGACUUCAUUUAAACAAAAAAGCAAAAAAAAGCUGAACAACCAUGCUUUUACGUAUGUACGUGAACAUCGUAUUUCUAUACGACGAAAAGAUAUUUCUAAGUAUAUCUUUUGGUCUAAAUUAAAUAUGAUAAAAGAGGAAGCUUUGAACAAGAUAUCAUUUGUAAUAUGGCCUGUAUUAUAAUAAUAUAAUAUAUAUUAUAUAUUAUUAAUAUAAUAAUAUAUAUAACAUAUAUAAUAUAUACGAUAUAUGUAUAUAAUGCAGGCUUGGUUAACUUUGAGAUCCGGAGCUCCGGAAAGGGGUUCCUCCGCUAGAUGAAGUUGAGCAAGCAUAAUUAAUUUCAUCCAUGAAAGAGCGGAAGAACUCCUUUCCCCCACUCUCCAUGGAUAGAAAGAGAGAAGUGUCUUUCGAGCUCGAAGUUGACCAGGCCUGAUAUUAUAUACAUAUAUAUAUAUAUUUGUAUAAUAUAAGAUAUAUAAUAUUGUGAUAUCUCGUAACGUUUUAAUUAAAUUCAAAACGCUUUCAGAUUCAGACAAAGAUCAGAUUUCUUUCCGAAUCUAUCGAAGUCGAAAGAAAGGGCCGAUAGUUCGAGAGCGCCUUUUAUAUUCGUUAAUUAAACGAUUUUUCGCAAAGGUCCAAGCACAAUCCUAAAAAUCCAGACGACGACACACGACACAAUGAUCUCAAAUCUUUAAAUUAAUUAAAUGAUAUGUAAUGUAAUAUCUCUGAUUUCUAGCCUUUGUACAUUUCGCUUCUUAUUCUCGUAUUUAUUUACGUGUUUGUACUCAUAGCUAAGUACUAAGUACGAUUAAUUCAAGUGGCAUGCGAUAUAAUACUAACCAUGCGCCCUUCGGGUCGGCUGAGUACAAAGCAUUUAUCUAACAAUCACGUGACGUAGGUAGGGGUGUAUCUAAUGGUCGGCGGUAUAUGCUGGAUACGCCAGGUGUUGUCUUCAUCGUCAAUCUUUGACGUUCUUCCCUUACCGUUUAUUCCACCUCGUUUGAUCCCUUUUACUCGAACCGACAAUUAGUAGAUAGCGCGACUUUAUGCUAGCUUGUCGUUUUGCAAAAUUCGGCAUUAUUUAAUAAAAUUCAAUAAAUGUACUAGAGGAUGGCGGUUCCGCGAAUUAAUUUUUCAUACAGUUUAAGAAAUUAAUCAUUUUUUAAUAACGGAUGAUAACGUUUGCGUCUGACAUCUCAUCGAGACGAAAGAAAAUUAAUCGAGAGGGUCAAUCAGUUCGAUAUGUCAGAAAAGGAAUUUAUCGGUUUUCCGAGAUUCGAAGCAAUCAUUAUAUUGAUAUUGAAUCGGCAGAAACGAACAGAUUCGAUCUGUAAUUUUAUCAUUACCUUCUCUAUUGUCCUCGACUUUAUUUGUACAUAUUAAUCGUCUUUUAGUCUAAGCCUGUUGCGAGCGGCACAAGGCCCGGCAACAGGGUCCUGCUGAUGAGCUUUCAAGUUCAGGACCAAUCCCGAUACGGUCUCUGGCAGUGUGCUGGCUGGCUUUUCGAUGGAUCAGACGCUUAUUGUCAUCGUGGACAGCCUCUUGAAGGAUCUCGAUUCGAUAAAUUGGUGGCAUAUCCAGGCUUUUGUUUUCGAUCUGAAGUUUUCAGGUCCGGAACACGUCCGGUCCGGACGAGGAUUAGUGAUGCAUUCUCCGUUCUCCCUAGUCCCAUUACGCUCACGCGCGUUAAAUUGUCAGUGUACAUUCUAUAUCGCCAUUGAUCGAUCCGAAUAAUAUCUUGGCCAGGGUAUCACGCCUUCCGUGUUCUUCCAUCUCCACGCUUUCCAUACUCUCGCGACAUUGUCAUCCGGAGCUCAGAGGCUUGGGUUUCUCCCAAGGAGACUGGGACUCGUUGUUAUUGAGAGCCUGGAGUGCCACUACUUGGAGGCGGUCUAAAAGGGUGUUUUCUUCGCAUGGCAUUGGGUUAGCUGAGCGCAAGGGAUUAAUCCUGGAAUGUGCUGAGGGUUAAUAAGUAGGUCGGUAAAACUUCCCACUGCCCAAGAGAGCAGCUCUCGCUUCCGCGUGAUCCAUCGUCUGCGUUCAGCGACCACAAAGUUGUUACGUAAGUAAGGUACCCUGUCGCGGAGGUCUGGCCACAGGGAGAGGUGUGCUCGAGGCGAGCUCGAACCUUCAGCAGGAUUAGUAGUCGAGAAGGUCUUUAAAACUUAUUUAUUUAUUUUUUUCUCGCUCGACGACGUUCGUCUGCGAUUCCUUAAAUAAGCGUAGCACGAUUUUUAAGGCGCAAAAUUUAUAUAUUUAGCUCGUAACGAGGAGUGAAUACGAGGGCGGGCUUUUGAUUUUUGGCUCGCGUUCACCGAGUCGAGUCCUACCUUUCCUUUUGCAUUAGCGCCCGUCAUGUCGGUGGAAUGAAAAAAGAAAGAAGCAAGACGCGACCAACCCUCGCCUACUGGAGUAUUAUAGGAAUCAUUAAUAUAUUAUCAUUCAUUAGUUAUCGCAUGUAAUAGUAAUAGUGAUAAUAAUAAUAAUAAUAUCGGCAACA